UUUUUUAUUUUUUAUAUGGCAGGAUCAGUGGGAAAGGGAUCUCACCAACGAGAGCCGACAAAACUAUGGAGCGAUAUGCAACAGGAGACAAGACGAGAAGAAGCUCGACUUUACCGCAUGGAUUUGAAUGUUUACAUGCUAACUAAAUAUAGCCGGUAAAAAUAGUUGUAGCUGUUACAGUCGACCUGCCUGCCUAAUCAGAGGACCAGAAUCGAAAGCAAUGUUUUUGAGAUCGAGAGAGUGGAUUAUGUUACAUGCUGAUUUGGAUAACCCUCGCGCUGCUACUGCAAGAUCUUUCCGACACUUGUUGAAAUUACAUUUCGAAAUCUUCUCCACAAGGGAAAGUAUUCGCUAAUGAAAACAUUGCUAACAACUAUAUUUGGGCAACGUUAGCAAAUAUUGUUUUAGUUUACAAAUCUUUAGCCAACGUAAGUUGCGCUUCUCUUCUGCUGUUCGUGUCGCGUUACGCGGUAGCUACUGUACGAGCUUGCUGCGUAGCUGUAAUUUUUAUCGAACAUUUUUAUACACUGCAUAAAAUGACAGUUUUGAUAGCUUUGAAGAGGUUGAAGUACUUAUUAUUUGUUAUUUAGCUACGCGUGUUGCCUCAAUUGACAAUGCAUUGCUGGAUACGUCCUCAAAUAACGUUACUAUUUUAAGCUAAAUUGUUAAAGAAGAAAAUGGAAGUGACAGGUAGCUAGCUAGCACUGGCACUCUCUCACGCUAGCUAGUUAACAUAACUAGCUACUGAUUGAGUUUCAAACAAGUUGUUGGCUUAUUAGUUUAGCUAACUAUUUACAAAUGUAAAUAUUUUCCCAUGCAUUAACAAUACGUUGGGAUGUAUAGAACUCAAUAACUUCGGUAAGCGUUACCUGCUGGCACCGAAAACACAUAUUUUGGAAUUUGUUUGUUUACAAACACUUGUCAGCUGAACUGUUCACUAUUGUUAACUUAUGUGGCUAUCAAGCUAACGUUAGCUAGCACCGAAAAUUUGCCAACGCGACGAUUUGAAGCAGCACUGAUGGAUUCGCUAAAAGUGGACUGACAAUCAAAACCACACUCUCUAUAGUUGUGCCUCAAGCACUCGCUUUACAUUUUUUAAGUUACAUUUUUAAACUGUGCGGCCCACACCAUGUCCGGAUCCCCGGGCUCGGGUGGCUCAAACCCCAGGAAGUUCAGCGAAAAGAUAGCGCUGCACAACCAGAAACAAGCAGAGGAGACGCUGGCCUUCGAUCAGCUUAUGACAGAUCUCACUGUCUCAAGGGUGCAGUUCCAGAAGAUCCAACAGCUACGUCAGACCCAGACCAGGGCCCAGUACUAUGGAGGCUCCCUGCCCAACGUCAACCAGAUCGGCAACGCUAGCGCCGACUUCCAGGGUGGCUUCCCAGGGGCCUUGGACAGUGUCAGGGGGACACGUCACCAUGGCCUGGUAGAGAGGGUGCACCGGGACCGCAACCAACGCAUUAACUUGCCUCACCGCCGGCCCAUCGACAAGCACGGACGGCAGAUGGAGAGCUCCCCGUACGGAACCGUGUACCUGUCCCCUCCGCCGGACAACAACUGGAGAAGGGAGCAGCAGCCGUGGGCCGAGGAGAAACGACCAGGAUUUAGAUUAAUAUCACAGCUCAACAGAACCAACUCGGACUCGGCUCUUCAUACGAGUGCCAUGAACCCCCAGGACCCCUUUGGCAUGAACCAGCAGAUGGGCAGAGGGCCCCCCCAGCGCAACGCCAGUGUGAACGAGGCGGAGGUGGACGGCUCUGGAGAUGUGUUCUCCUUCCCAUCCCUGUCUAAUGAGGAGGGUCUGAUGGGUGUCAGCAAGCCCCUGCCCAAGCAACUGUGGGAGGCCAAGAAGGUUCAAUCCCUCUCAUCACGGCCCAAAUCCUGUGAAGUGCCUGGAAUCAAUAUAUUCCCGUCUCCAGAGCAGAACGCGGGCCUCUCCAACUACCAGGGCUCGUUGAACACGGGCGGUUCCCUGCCAGACCUCAGUAACCUGCACUUCCCCUCACCGCUGCCCACACCCCUGGACCCAGACGACGGGCACCACGGAGGGGGGGGCUACCACCCCAACCUGAGCGGGGGCAGCAGCACAGGCAACCUGCCUGCCGCCAUGAUGCACCUCGGCAUAGGGAAUCACCAGGGAGGCUGGACUGAAGGAGGUCUCUCGUCCUCUCUGAGCAAUCCUUCCAUCCAGAACUCUCUCCAAAACUCCCAGCUGCACUCGUCUCUCAGCAAUCCCUCCAUCCACUCGUCCCUCCGUCUGACGUCCCUCUCCAGCCCUCCGCAGGGAGCCAUGAGCAGCUCGCCUCGCCGCCGCCCGGCUCCCAUCAGCCCCCUCACUCUGUCACCCGGCACCGAGCAACGGCGGGGGCUUUCCAAGCAGCUGUCUCCCACAAUGUCCCCCUCACUGUCCCCCAUCACACAGGGGGUUGCCUUGGACACCAGCAGCUUGCCAAUGGAGCCUCCCCCUCCCUACCCUCUCUACCAACAGCUACACCAACAGUCCCAGCAUUCAAUGGGGCAACAACAACGCCAGCAACAACGUCAUCAUCAGCAUCAACAGCAGCCAGUGUCCCCUCUGCAGAACAUCUCUCUGGACUUUAACUCUGGUCAUAACAACAUGGCGGCGUUCUUCAAUGACCCGUUCAUGGACCCACAGUUCUCCAGUCGCCAGGCCAAGGCACUGUCCUACCAGGUAAACCACCGGGGAGAAGUCUCUAGAGAAGGAUCCUCCGGAAAGGACUUCAUUCCCUCAUUCACAUUGGACCAGUUCAGCAUGUUGGAGAGUGCCAUGAGCCAAAUUGCAGGCGGUUCGUGUUUCGACCCGUCCUCGCCCUCUUCCUCGCCCCUAUACUGCUCGCAGGCUGCUCUCAUGGGCCUGGGUGGGAGCCACGGCAACUUGCAGGACCAGCUGCAGCAGAUGAGACCCAACAACAACUACAACUGCAGUGGAGGGGUGCCCAAUAUCAUACUGACUGAUGACUCCAACCCCAGUCAUUCCAAGGACAUCAGCAGUGCCAUGUCGGCCGGCAACAUGGCUGACUGUUUCGACUCGGAGGUGAGCUUCCCACUGGAGGAUGAGCUGCGCAUCGAGCCCUUGAGCCUGGAUGGUCUGAACAUGCUCAGUGACCCCGACAUGGUGCUCUCUGACCCCUCGGUGGAGGACAGUUUCCGCAGCGACAGACUGUAAUCGGGCACGCACACAUACACACACAGACUGUAUAGGCCAGGUAGCGUGGGUUAAACUUGAAUGACCCCCACCUCCCUCACACACUCAUGGCAUACAUAUGCAAUUUUUUAAGGCAUUUACACACACACACACACACUAUUACAGAGGAAUAGACUUGUGUACAAUCACUGUUUACAUGGGCUUCACAUGUAAAUGCCACACACACACACGCUCAUACCUACGUUGUGCAUAGUCAUUUGGAACGGAUGGACGGAUGUACCAUUGAUUGAUAUUCUUUUUUAUUUUUUACCAACAUUACAUCAGCACUGAGCAUUACUAUAACGGUACUAUAACGUUCCUAUAGUGUUCCUCCACCUAUAUACAGUUGAAGUCUGAAGUUUACAUACACUUAGGUUGGAGUUAUUAAAACUCGUUUUUCAACCACUCCACAAAUUUCUUGUUAACAAACUCUAGUUUUGGCAAGUCUGUUAGGACAUCUA